AUGCACAGCCUUGCCCCGCGGCCGCCUCAGCCAACUUGGCUCUUCAACCCAGCCGCUGUUGACGCAGCAGCAACAUCAUCGAAAAAAGAUCUCGACAAAUGGUGCUUGCAUAAUGACCACAACCGUCACAUCCCACGGCCUUGCUCGGCGUGGCCAGAGCCCACGGUUUCGAUCGGCCGUAAAAUCGGGAAGUUUGGUAGCAAGGGACUAUGCUGGGAGGCUGUCGGUCCCGCACGAGAAGUUUUCAACAAAAUCCGUCCUCGCCUCAAGGAGCAUCUUGAAAGUGGCGUGGAGACUAUAUCAUCAUGGGUUACCUGGUCCAUGUACAUGAUUGGAAAAACCCCAGAGUGUGCGAGUCCAACGAUUUUGUUCUGCUGCGAAGUCCCGUCACAUCGCAAGCUGGUGAGAAAUGUCAUCAAAGAAAGCGGUAUCCUUGACAAAUAUCCAGGUAUCAAGACUGCCGAUGCUCCUCGACCACCAGAUUUUAAUCAACUCAUUCGCCUGGCGGAGGUCCACGGCGAACUGGGAUCGGGCACUGUCAUUGAAGGACUCGCCGCACCGCAUGGAAAUGCCUGCGGCAUGGAACUCACCAUUAGUGCGGGAUCAAGCGGCCUACUCCGAAGCAGACGCGCUACCGUGGGUGGUGUUAUUCAGCUUGGCGAGCGAUAUUUCUACUUCACGGCUGAGCACGCAUUCCAAAUUGACAGCGAGGAGGGCUCGGAUGGCAGUUUCUCGGAUUCAUACGACUCUGAAAACGACAGUGAUUACUCUAUCGACGAAGACAUUAGCAGUGAAGUAAUCGAAGACGCGAAAGCUUUCGACUGUGCAGCAAUUGGCAAGCUCAACAUAUGCCAUGCCAGCAAGAGCGAUGGUUCGCAAGACGAACCGUCUAGUAUCGUGUCAAGCAUUGCACAGUCAAUGAGCCCAACGGAAAAGAGAGCGAUCAAACAAACAGUCCGACUUUCGUCGGUUGCAAUAUCUUCUGGAGCUGAUCCCGCAACCACUCUUGACUACAGCCUCAUAGAGGUGUUCGAUGCCAAUCAUCAGGUUCCAAACUCUGUACAUUUUGGCGAAAAAGAGUUGAGUGUCUCUAGCAUAGUCACCGACGGGCCGAGGGAUACAACAGUGCUUGCCAUUACGUCUAGAGGUGUACUCCCGGGGAGACUGUCCGGAACAAGCAUGUGUACCAGUAUGGCUACUGUCAGCACUUAUCAAGAGGUUUACUAUGGUGUUCUCGAUUCACCUCUCGAGCACGGGGACUGCGGUUCAUGGAUAAUCGAUGCCAAUACUGGUGAUUUAUUCGGCCAUAUUAUUGCCGGCUCUCCAGAAACGGGCGCGGCGAUGAUUAUACCAGCAUUGUUAACAUUUACCGAUUUGGAGGAUCGAGCGAAGAAGCAACCGAAGCUUCCAACAGCACCUUUUCCGUUUCUACCAUACGAUACCGAGCUUGACAAACGUCCCACAACGCAAAGAAAGCACAGUGUUUCAACUAGAGAAUUUACCGAAGACGACAUCGCGUGGACGAAAAGCGUCACAGCAAAAUUCGUGAAAUUGUUGCGACAAAAGCAAAAAGAAAUUAUUUUGAGAAGAUACCAGGAGCCCAAAAUCUCUACAGAAGAUUCAUCUACAGCAAAUUCUUUGCCUCCGUCCUACGACCAGACUAUUAGCGACAUGACGGUCCGCGAACGAUUCAGGAGAAAAUUCCCCCUCAUUCCAGAGCCACCUGCCGAGGGAGAUAAAGAUGCUCAGAAGUUUCGCAAUACUCUCGACAAUCUCUCAUGCAUACCAUUACUGUACGAAGAUGCCGGGUUGCAAGACCUGGCUCUGGCUAUGAUGCCUUUGGAGGAGAUCUAUAGCAAAGCAGCAAAGAAUAAAUUCGACUACGAAAAGAACGCGCCGCUGGCUGUUGCUAAAAGGCUGCCUCCCUGGAGCCUUAUGGACUGCUCUAUAAUGGCCAUGAUGAGCUGGUUCAAGAACGAGUUCUUCACUUGGGUCAACAAUCCGCCUUGCUCGCAAUGCCAGUCUGCGACACUCGCCGUUGGAAUGACGGCGCCAACAGCAGAAGAGUCGGCGCUUGGGGCCUCCCGAGUCGAACUAUACAGAUGUUCCAAUAUCGAUUGCUCGUGUCUUGAGAGGUUCCCUCGAUAUAGAGACCCGGGCAUCCUCUUGAGGACGAGGAGAGGUCGCGUCGGGGAAUGGGCCAACUGCUUCGCUCUAUUUUGUCGGGCGCUCGGAGCAAGGGUCCGCUGGGUGUGGACGGCAAACGACCAUGUGUUCAUCGAAUUCUACUCCGAAAGCCAGCGUAGAUGGGUACAUGCCGAUCCAUGCGAAAACACUUUUGAUCUGCCGCGGCUCUAUAGCGAAGGUUGGGGCAAGACGCUUACAUAUGCCAUUGCUUUUUCGGUCGAUGGCGCCACCGACGUCACGAGGCGAUAUGUACGCAAGGUGUCCCUCUUCAGACAGAGCCCUCGAACUCGAUGCUCGGAAGGAGUCCUUUUGCACAUCUUGCAGCAGAUUACGGCGCUUCGAAGAAGCUCGUUAGGAGACCAGGAAAGGGCUCGUCUGAGGAAAGAGGACGAACUUGAGCAAGUAGAACUCGGCUCCUUUAUAGUUGCCAGCGUCACCAGCGACUUCAUGGCGAGCCUUGGCUCGCAAGGUACAGCGCAGAGCAAGAAGCUUGUUGCCGAGGCCGAGGCCGAGGCCGAGGCAAUGAGAGAGCUGAGAAGGUCUGAGACGCGAGAGGCGUAA